UCCAACAGGGCCACGCCAGCGCACGACGCAGCAGCCACCGGCCACGUUCGGGAGCUGCAGUGGCUGGUGGACUUUGGAGGCUGCAAAGUUGAGGUGAGUUUAUCCACUGGGAGCAUCUCUCCACUACAGAGAGCUCAGAUGUCGUGGAGAGAUGCCACAUGUACAGCUCUCCGUUUGUGUGCGUGAGCCUAAACUCAGGAGAUGGCUUCAGAUCUAACUGAUCCCAGAGUGAGGUGACAUCACCGCAGUUGUAAACAGGUACUGCACACUACGAUAUCCUUUCAGAUGUAUUACCAGCUGAUUACAUCAUGUGGCGUUGACUUAUCCAUUAGGAGUAUAAAGCAUGCGUAAUUAGGUGCAGAUGCUCCAGGGGAGCGCUCACUGAGCUCAGCUAUUAGCAGAGAGUCACGUCUCCUUGCAUGUGAAUCUCUGUUGUGCCUCAGAGUUACACAGCUCUAUUGUUAAAGAACAGGAUGUGGCGUAAUUGUUUCUUCACUGAUUAUUAAUGGAUCCAAAUGUCUUAAUUGGUUGCGCUAAUGAAAGUGAAAUAAAUGCCCCAAAUAAAACCCCUGAAAGUGAAGUACGUCUAUUACAGGAAGCCUUUACAGUGUGUUCGUGUUUCCAGGACCGGGAUGCCGCCGGCGCCGCUGCCCUCCACCUCGCCGCCCGGUUCGGCUGUGCGGAGGUCAUCCGGUGGCUGCUCUCUGUCGGAGGAGGGGCGGAGGUGGAGACGAACUGCGGGGCUUUGCCAGCUCACUACGCCGCGGCCAACGGAGACCUGGCCUGCUUACAGCUGCUGGUCCAACAGGCUCCAGGCUGUGUGGACCGACAGACGUUCACCGGCGCCACCCCGCUCUACCUGGCCUGCCAACAGGGGCACCUGCACGUUGCGGAGCACCUGGUGAACGACUGCGGCGCCGACGUCCACCUGAGGGCCCACGACGGCAUGACCUGCCUGCACGCGGCUGCUCACGUGGGCCACCACGCCGUGGUGGUGUGGCUGGUAACGUGCACCGAUGUCAGCCUGUCCUGCCAGGACAGGGAUGGAGCCACUGCUCUGCACUUUGCUGCCAGCAGAGGGCACUAUUGCAUCUUGGAGAGGCUGCUUCAGAAGGGUUCAAAGGUCAUCAAGGAUUACUGGGGAGGGACCCCACUUCACGACGCUGCAGAGAACGGAGAGCUGGAGUGCUGUAAAAUCCUGUUGGCCAAUCAAGCAAACCCUUCAGAUCAUGACAGUGACGGGUUCACAGCAGCGGACUUGGCGAAUUACAACGGACACCAUGAGUGUGCCAGAUAUCUCUGUGCCAUGGAGACAAAUACAGUCUGCCAAGAUAACCCCAUCGAGGUCACCGCUCCGGGAGAGGAGGAGGAGGAGGAGCUGAAGGUGAACUUUGUGUUGACUCCGUGCAGCAGGGAUGACUACUACGGUGGCCUGAGUGACGCAUGCAGAGACAGUUACAGCAGUGGCACAGCCAUGGACAGUUUAAAGCAACCUGAAAGCGAGGAGACCCCACAGGCGAGGUACCCUCAGCCCCUUCCUGCGACUCCCCGGCCGGAGAAAACCACUGUCAGCAGAAUAGGGCAGGUUCAAAUCGCAACAUCUGUUAUUAAGGGUUUCAGUCAAUCCAAAGCCGCUGGGAGGGAGAUAAUCACAGCUGCCGGCAAGUCGAUGUUGCCUGGUGCAGACCUCCUGGCUGGAAGAAAACUCCUCGGCGACAUGAAGCCCAUUAAAUCCUUGAAACAAUCAGCGAUGUCGGGAGUCUUCACCGGACAGGCAGUAAAGAACAAGAUGGUGGUCCUGCCCACUGAGGAGGCCAACCUGUCGGACAUCGACUACCUGGUGCCCACCCACGACGAGCGAGGCCGUCCCAUCGCUGAGUGGAAGCGGCAAGUGAUGGUGAGACAGCUGCAGGCCAGGCUGCUGGACGAGGAGGACCAGAGGAGGAAGGAAAAUGGGAGUAGAUAUGCCAAAGUCAGCUGGAGGUUCUCCCAAGCCCACAACGCCAUCCUGGGGCCCUCUGGUGAGCUGCUGACGGAGGACGACCUCAUCUAUGUGGAGCAGCAGAUUGCCAACGUCUCUAUGCAGAGGAACUGCGAGGGCUACGAGCUGGAGCUGGCCCGUCUCGCCGAGGAGCUCAGGCACAUCCUGCCAGCCCCCAUAGUGAACAUCACCGCCAACACGCAGUUCAGAAAGAGUCAAGUCCCCCUGCCCGUGUGGUGUGGCCGCAUCUCGGGCAUCGUGAAGAGCAUGUCUCUGCUCAUGACCAACCUGACGGACCAGCCCAACUGCAAGAUGCCCAACACCGACCUGAUCACCGUGUUCUCUCAGACGCCCGACCGGCAGCACUCCACCAGGGGACGCAGGGAGAGGAUAGAGGAUGAGAUCCAACAGUUCGGGGUGUCCGUGCGGACGCUGAAGUCCAAUUUUGAGACACAGGACUCACCUCCGUCCGAUGAGCCGGAGGAGGUGUUAAGAUCUCCCGUGCAGCUCGAUGCCACGGAGUCCGACAAAGAGCCGAAGGUGUUGACUCCGGCCCCAGAAACCGACCAGAACGAUGACUCCGGCAUCGACUACGAUGAAAACGUUGCGGACGUUCUUGAGACCACCAGCCUGAGGAAGGAGCGCAUAGUCGUCUUGUUCUUGGGCCACUGGAAGAAAUCUGCCUACACCGUGUCCCUGAAGAGCAAGGAUACAGCGGAGAGGAAGAUGAGCGUCGGAGGCCUGGAGAUGGGCGAUAAGUCCGGGCCGGGUCGCGGGAGCAGCGGGGAGAGCGCCCAGUCGAAGAUGAUGAACAGCUCUCUGGGACACUUCUUCAAGCAGAGGAGUGCUGUCAACAAGAUGCUGGGAAACUGGAGGAGCAUGAUCUCCAGCGUCCCGUCCAGACAGAUACGCAGGCUCCACAGGCAGAAGGCCCUCUACUCCCCGGAGCAGUUCCUGCCCCGUCUGGGCGGCGUGCUGGUGGAGUACGACAACCUGACCCUGGAUCUCUUCAUGCUGGGCUACUUCCACAUCCUGGAGUUGGAGCUUCCCGUGGACGAACGCAAAAUACGGCACCUGCUGUGUUUCGAGGUGUUCGACCACGUGGGGAGCUUCCCUUGGGAGCUGGUCAGGGAUUUCCACAGGGCCGUCAUCCAGGACAUCGAGGCCGGCAACCGCGAGUGGAAGGACGGCUUCGACGACAUCAAAGUGAAGUUCUUUGGCGACACUGUGAGUCCGACCGAGAGCCCCGUAGAGGUGGUGAAACACACCCUCCCAGAGGUUAGACAGGUCCCCAAGGUCAUUGUGCAGACGCCUACGCCGGACGAGGGCAUGCUCCACGGCGGAACGGACAUUUCCAGUUUCAGCAAUGAUGAAAUCUGCAAAUACAUCGACCGCAGCUUUGCUUUUUGGAAAGAGAAGGAAGCCGAGAUUUUUUAUUUUGAGUAGUUGGUGGUGUCAUCUUUUUAAUAUCUUUUUGUAUCGUUUGUAGUUGUAUUACAUUAGGGCUGGGUAUCAAAUCUAAAUACUGUUUGAAUUAUGAAUUUAUUUGUCAAGUACCGAAAACUAGCGCAGAACGCUGAGCCAGACUCUUAGCCAUGUUUACUUCAUUUGACCAGAUAUUGCCUGAUGUGAAUUCAAAUUUUGUUAAUUUUUUUUACGGUAUUUUGUUGUGUUAACUCAUUCCAUUUCUAUGUGUUUCAUAGGUUCGGACUUUGUUUUUGAAUUUAAAAAAAAAUAUUUGUAUGUUUAUAAACAGUAAUAUAAGAUAUUUAGUAGUUAUUUUGGUACUGCGAUUGAAGAUUACAUUUCAAUGCGUUUCAUAGGUUUGGACUUUGUUUUUGAAUAAAAGAAAUUAUUUGUAUCUUUAUAUACAGUAAUAUAAGAUAUUUAGUAGUUAUUUUGUUACUGCUAUUGAAUACUCGGAUCUGAAUAAAUUGACAAAUUAUUUCAAACCAUGCCCAGCCCUAUGACAAAAGCCAGAGUGCCGAUACUUGUGUGUGUGUGUGUGUGUGUGUGUGUGUGUGUGUUCCUGAGAGUAAACAUCUUUCCAAAACAAA